AUGACUUGGCACCUACGCCCUUCACUCGAAAGCGAUCCUGCACUCGACGACCCAAUCUGCGGCAUAUGCCACGAGCUGUUCGACAACGACCAACACAUUGCGGUCCGUAUCACUGAUGUUCCGGGUUGCGCGGGCCAUAUCUUCGGCGCCACAUGCUUGACCGAAUGGAUGACAAGCGACAGCUUCGCGACUUGUCCCCUAUGUCGUACCCCCCUCUUCGCGGACGAUGACUUAGGUGAACAAGUACCCGAAUUCGCUCAGAUCGCCAACGCCUUCCGGACUAACGAUGGUGAACAUGAUCUUUGGAUCGACUCGAUGAGGCGCAUCACGUUGGCUAUUGAGGGUGAACUAAGAAGCUUUGAAAGUAUUGCGACCAAUGUUAUUGAUGAUCCUACCUCCACUCGAACGGCUAGAGCGGGGCAGAUAAUCGAAGACCACGGAGUGGAUCCAUCUGUCCUUUUUGAGGUAUUCUGGGAGCUGCACCAACGAUUCGGACAACUGAGUUCCGCUCAAGGACUGGCGAGGCUCCAAGAAUGGGCAAUGGGUCGCCUCGUCAUACCCAUGCUGGGCCCUCAAAGACAUCACGCGGACCAGGCAGCUGCUAUACGGAGCUACAUUUUCGGCGUCACCGUGAUACCCAUGGAGUACGAUCCGGUCUCUCCACGCCCUUUCGCAUCCAUCAGCGCGGCACAACGCGCGGCUCUUCGGCUCGACCUUCAGCGGCCAGAUCUUAAUAGGGUACAUUAUGCCUUCAGCCAAGCUUUCACGACCAACUAUGCUGGAUGGCCGCUCGCGGACCGCAACAUCGCGCGUGUGCUGAUUGCGAACGAAUCUCUCCGCCGGAUUUCAAAGAACGUCCAGGAUAGGAUCCUCCAGCGCGCCACCGAGAUGGUAGCGGACGACCUCCAGGGGCUUUUCGCGGCCGAAGAACGAACCGGAAAUGACGCCGCGCCGGAGGACAACACGGAGCCAUCCAUCAAGGACGCAGUGCGUGGAGUAGGUGAUGCGUUGCUGGUUUUAUCCGCGAGAGUUAGGGCAAAGUUCUUCUCCUGGUGGCAUAUUAAUUGA